CCACCUGUGUACGUAUUUUUUAAGGGGUUGUACGUUGAAGCUACAGUAACACGUCGUCACACAAUAUCUAUUCAUGCCUGCGAAAUGUCAACAUCACCGGUUUGCGACAAAUCUGCGUCCUUAUCUAAUUCAAACCUAUGCGCCCAGGCAACGCCAUGCAAUCCCAAAUUCGGUUGGACGGACUCCAUGUUGAAGGUUCUGCUUGAGACGUUGAUUGAAAAGGACGAGGAAGAGCGGGGGGGCUCUGCGGAAUGCCCUCACAGUAAUUCACUAUGGGCUACAGUUGCAGAGGCAUGCCAGGCUGCAGCACCAAAUCAAUGUCAGGGUCAACCUCCGUCAUUUCCUGACCUCCUCGACAGAUUAUUUGGGGACGACGCCAUGUCGAGUACGCGGGUUGUCCCUCCCCAUGACACCGCUAUAGGGGUUAACCAUGACGAUGUCUUUCGGCCCACAGAAAUCGAAUAUGAAGGGAACGGCUCGCACGCGGAUCAGCAGGACUGCGUUGUUCCCUUCUCCACUGAUGAUAUCCCUAUUCGUACUGCAUCAAACGAGUUUCAGCUGUUUUUGGUAGCGUUCAAAGAGCAUCGUGGGGAUGCUCGAGUGGAAGCUUCAACUCUCGGAAAAGAAUUCUGCGAGAAUCUCCAGUAUAAAGCUCAGGAUCUCGUUCUUUACGCUUUUGAUGAUGUGUUGGAGGCGGAGCGAUUCCUGGUAAUGGGUCCAAAGGAACGUCUUUCUUACGUGGUAUUGACUCUGCACAAUGCGCAGAGUCAUGAGUUAAUAACAACUGAAGAGCUUGAUGAGGCGUUGGAUGCCCUAUGUGGCAUGUAA